AAAAGGAACAGAUGGAGACGAACUUCGACGUGUUUCUAUUAUGACUGGAGCUGUAGUGAAAUCAAAAGGACACGAUUCUCGAGUGUAUGUGAGUGGAUCCGAGAGAAACGCAAAGCAUGCCGAGUAUGUGAUAAAAAGCAGAAUGGUGAGUUUAACACUGAAAUCAUUUCAUGUUAAAGAAAAUAAAUAAUAUAAACCCUACCAAAUGUGAGGUGUCUCUUAUUUAAAACAGAGGGGAGGUCUUUUUCUCACUUAGGUCAACGAUUUUCCUGUACUGACUGUAAACCUUUGUUCCAUAGAAAUGCUUGGCAGAUAAGCUUUUUUUCGCUCUGUUUUAGGCCGCGGCAAGAAUCGGAGAUAACUCAGUCUGCGUCUGUAUUGACGACAAAUAUCUCCCGGAAGAUUGUGAAUUACAACUUGUAGAGGAAAUGGAGCACUCAAUACUUUCAUUGGGAAGUUCAUCUCAGUAUCGUUUGAAACCUUGUGAAGAAUACGAUAUGGAUGCAAAGGUUUGUGCCAAAAGUGGCUUAUGGUGAAAGGCGUUUAUGGGUCAACACUCUGCAAUCAUUCUGUCUGUCUGCAGGUAUAUCGGUGCAAAGUUAGCGAAAAACGACCGUUCAGGGUUAAAUAAUAGACGCACGUGAACGUAAUGACUAAGCUAAUAAACUGCUGAUGUUUAGCUAGUUUUAUUUAAAUGAUUAAGUAGGUAGUGAGUGUCGAAUUUUAUGAUAUAAUUCCAAUGCAAAGCAACUGAAAAAAUACAAUAAUCCAACAGAAGAAAUGCCUCCCUACCUGACAGGAUCGAUUUUAAUGAUAGGGAACUGAUGCGCUCGAUCAAGCUGUUGCAAAAUGUGAUGACUGCAUAGAGAAAAGGGUUUUAACAUCCCUGAGGAGCUUGAAAAUGAAAAUUGAGUCCGGAAAUUAUCAAAAAGCUGACCUGUGGUGUCAUUUCGGGAAAAUCGUCAUUCGGGAACCAGACGAAGGUAAGGCUUAAGUAAUUUAUAAUUAAUAGAUGAGUAGAUUACUGGGAUGUAAAACACAGGUACUUCUACCUUUGCCUUCCUUUCUUCGUCAUGAGAACGCUGCGGUGUAAUGUUUGUUCUCCAUAAACAAGGCGUUGCUUGACUUUCCUAUCAUAAUUAACUGGAGAAUUCUAAGUUCUCUUUCAAAAUUGUUAAGAGAAAGGGAAACAAUUUCGACAGCCUAUCGUCCAUUGACACAAGUAUCAUCCAUCACAGUUUAGUGUUUAGCAUACAUUAGUUAUCGUCCUAUCACAAAUUCCUUAUUCUGAUUGGCUAUUGUACUCGUUGGAUAAAGGGGGUAAGUUUCUAAAGAAUCUCUUGAUUUGCGUCGGUGGGGGGGGAGGUUGGAAGGAAUUUCAAGAUAACGUGGUUUUAUUAACUGGGUUGAUAACGUAAACUGGCUACCAUAAAGGGUUUCUAAAGAUGACGUUUCGAGUGUAAACGCUUCGUUACUCGCUAUCUUUUCCGGGAUGGUGAGUAACGUGAGUUACCUAACAUUGUAUGGUUGUCAUCAAAAUAAAAUAAAAACUUGAGUCUGUUCUGUUGUUAGGCUUCGGGCAAUUAGUAGAUCUAUGGUAAAGGAAAUUAGAUUAUUCGCUUUCGAUUUCUAUACGAGAUAGUUUCUUUGAGCUUCGCCCUUACUAACUAUCACGUGAUAGAAAUCGAGAGCGAAAGAUCUUGUCGUUGAUUGAUUAAUUUUAAAGGAAUUGGACCUAGUCUGCAUAGAUAAAAAAGAAACCAUUUUGAAGAUGUAAGCCCUCAAGUAAUUGAAAUACCACAUUUGUCAUCAGCUGACCUCGAGGAGACAUGGAGCAUUGAUAAUUCAAUCAAGAAGUUUCAAAGAACAGAAGAGAAUAAAAACGCAUGGCGUGCUACAUUUAAAGAGGGCGUGAACCUUGCUGACAAGGUGGUGAGCGAUACAUUUCCUUAUCAGAUAGGGGAGGACUUCAUGGCAAGACAUGACUUGACGUUUUUGUCCCCGAAAAGCCAAACAAUGCGAUUUAAGGCAAGUUUACCACUUUCAACAUUUGAAAUGACAUGAACCGGUUUCCGUUUCGAAGUUAUACACAAAUUUAUGCACCGGAGGUUAACUGUUCCCAUAAUGCAAUGCAACUUCCCUUAAUGAAUGCUUGUCCAUGGUGGAUGCAAAAAAGAGCAGAGGCAUAAUAAUAUGCGAAAAUAAUAAUAGGAUAGCUAAAUGGGGAUGCUGAGCACAUUAAUUUCCUUCUUAUAUAGGUUCAGAACAGUUCAGGAACACACUCUUUCAAAACUGAUUGAUGCUGAUUUUCAUUGAUUAAAAACUUUCUCAUUCGCUAUUUUUUGUAACUUGUUGGACAUCUACAAUACCUUAUAUGUAUUAUGAAAAUAUUGCGUUCUCUCAAUUAUUCGUGUUUGGCUUUUUUUUCAAAUUUUUAAGUGGCUUUUUUUUCAUGACAACUUAGGUAUGGGUAGCAAAUAAAGAUGUGGGAAAGAAACUUGAAGAAAUACCGAUUCCUUUCGAUGACCUGAAAAAUGUUGUUGAAGAACUGCGGUUUGAAGAUGAGUCUACAAGGGCGAGGUGUCGAGGGUGGCUGGUUUUACACUCCAAGAAAUUUCUCGAUGUUAACAUCAUUUUUCCUGGUUCAGAUGUUGAUUGCAGGAUAAACUUGCGUGCAGUUAUGGGUGAGUCUCCCAAAGGUCUUAUACCUCCAGUUGUCUGUGUGUGUCAUACCGUAUAUGCAUUACUUAGUGCAUGAGUCAUUCAGUGACUGACUGAGUGAUCGAUGGACUGACUACCUGACUACCUGCCUACCCCACUGACGUAGCACCAUAGUUACUUUAGAAACUCACCGCCUUUGAUUCACUGACUGACUGAGCGGGCAAAACGAGAAAGUGAGCGAGUAAGAGGUGAAUGGGUGAGUAACUUAAUGCAUACUAAUUUAUAUCUCCCUCCCUUGUUGCGAAUGUGAUAAGUAUGAACUUAUUCUUAUGUUGAUAUUCUGGUCGAUUUUUUGCGUCAACAGUCCAGUUUCGUUUACAAGAGCUAAGUUUCUGUUGGAAUAAAUUUUGGCCAGACGAGACGGCCGCUUUGUAGCCUAAAACUCACGCAAAAUAUGCUUUAAAUCCUUAAACUAUUAGCAAAGGUGGAAAGGUGAGUAAAUAAUAGACGAGUGAGUUAAUGAAUGCUAAACCCACAUAAAUAUUAAUGUUUGAUCUAUCUGUUUUUUUUCUUAGGUGAUUUAGUUGCCAAAAACAACCUUAAUUGCGAGGAAGAAGAGACACACCUCAUAUCAAAUUAUCUUUCUAAGGUGACAUUUUCCGACGCCGAUGGGUUACGCCUUCCAGAGGACGAGAAAUUACCCCAGGGAUUUAACUUCGUUCAUCAGAGAUGUUCCCGCCGGACUCUCUUCACCCCCCGGCCUGGAUUUACCAUGAUUGUCUCUAAUGAAAGAUCCUGGUACAGUAAUCUCAGAGACGAGGAAAACAAAGUGACGGUAGAAAAAUUUGUCGUUAACAACACAGUUAUAAUACAACUUAUUUUAGUACAAAUUUAGCGUUCAAUCACAAAUGGUGCAAUCUGAGUAGCUACGCUUCCCGUUAUUUAUUUCCGCGAUAGUCACAGAGUACAGGAGGUUGAUCCAACAAUGUACAGUUCCAAACGAUAUAAAAUGAGAAAAGAGCCUGUCUCGAUGUUACGUUGCCAACGAUUAGUAGAUUUAUAGUGAAAGGAUUAAAUUAUUCGCUUUCGAUUUCUGCGCUCACUCAAUAUCACGUGAAAGAAAUCGAGAGCGAAUAAUCUAAUCGUUAAAAAGAAAAUUUUUCCUCAUCAGAUUACCCGAUUUUUUUUUAAAUAUGGUGUUCAUUAGUUUGAAUCGCUGUCAUCUUUCAUUAACAGCGGUGUCGUUAACUAGGAGGUUCAUUAAUUUUCGAACUAAUUUCUCUCUUUUCCUUUAGACGGAUAUUCACCUUCAUUGUGAAAAAUGGGAUCAGCUUCUCAACGAAGAAGACUGGGAACCAGAAACAAUCUGUGCCGAGUUGCCCGAGUUUCUUCAUUUCGUUCGUCAAGUUCAAGAUUUUAUUUCCUGUAAAAGCAACAAAACAGCUGACCAAAAGUGAAGGAUAAUACGUGGUCGGUACAUAUUUUGAUAUAACUCAAUUAAAAUUGUUGACUUUUUUCAUAAAUAUUCAAAAUUCAAAUUUGAAUCUGUUGCGACCGAUGUUGGUGUUUUUUCUGCCUUUGGUGUAGUUGGUAGUCGCUUGUUGGAUUUUCAUUUCUAUCUCAUCCUAGACUUGCCGUUAUUACUUCAAAGAACUGGACCAAAAGUGGAGCAAAGAAGGCUUACUUAAGGAUCUCAAGCAAUGAACUUUGAAGUGAAAAAGUUUUUUUUUUUGUUUGUCAUAAGGGACAUAAAAUUUGAGUUGUUUUCGUCUCAAGCGCACGCCCGACGCGAUUGGUGCGAUCCUCAAAUAACGCCGUAGGAUGUAUUUCAAGAAGCCACAAUGGUGGGAAAAGAAACAUUAAGGAAUAAAAAAAUCCCUUAUUCGACGGAUCAAAAUGUAAAAUGAGCGGACACUUACCUCGGCACUUUAAUUAUCAAUUUAACCAUGCAUCGAAUAAAGUAUAUUUGUUAGGCCAAGUAUGUAAGGGUUUUCCUCUUUCUUGCUUCUUAACGCGUUGAAACUCCUGAUUAAAACUUAAGAAAAAUGUGUGGGGAAGUCAAAAGAAACCAUUCAAACAAAUAUUAUCUGCUUUUUUAUUUGCCCUGGUUUAUCCGGUAUAAUUUACUGGUAAGCCUCGAUUUGAUGUACUCGA